CUCUCUCACUAUUUCAUUUCCACAAGCCUCUGAAAUUGGGGAAUAAUGGAAAGCGAGACCUUAAAUCCUUUCUCUUCUCCUUGUCUUCUCCUAUGUUCCCCUCCAGGGAAGAAGAAGCCCUAAUUCCUCACUCUCUCCCUCUUACAACCUUCACCACUUUUAUGGUUUCUUUUUCUUCUUCUUCUUCUUCUCUUCUUUUCAACACCUACAACCUUUCUCCUUCUUCUAUUCCUUGAGUAUCUGCAGAACUACUGCUAUUACGUACGCUCAUGGAAAUCGGACGGUGGCAGCCCCUCAAGGAAUCAAUAUAACAUGAUGGUCCCAGCACGUAACCUCCUCCGGCGACACUACAACAGCUAUGGUGGCCAUUUUGAUGACAUCCAAUCGGAAUUCCACCGUGAAAAAGCUUCAUCAGUAUCUGGCCUAAUGGCCGAGGAGGUUCCUCGGGCCAUCGGCGGUGAUGAGGAGGAGGAAGGAAAGGAGAGGCAGACUAGCUCGAAACAAGGAGAUGAGAACUGCCAAGGGUGGCUCCAAUUAGGCAUCAGUAGCUGCCCAUCUGGUGGUUCAGGUCUCCAUGAUGCUUUAGUGGACCGGAUGAGUACAAGUAGCAUAGACAGGAAUAGGGGUGGACUGGUGGAGCUCAACUUGUUCUCUGAUAGGUUACCCGGUCCACUGCAGCCCCGAUUGCCGGCUGCCGGUGCUCCGAUGAUGGUGCCAUCGUUUCCGGCAUCAGCGGGGCAGGAGGUCUCAUUGGAGUAUAGGCGUCUCGGUGCAAUGGCAAGUAGUUCCUCAAAGCCGCUGCCGAUUUUAACAAGCUAUGAUUGGGGGCAAUUCAUGUGCCCAUCAGGGAGUCUCAGCCUCUCGUUGGAGAUGAGCGGCACGAUGAGGGUGGUUAGCCCGCCGCCGAGGAGGCAGACCGGGGUGUGGUUUGUGCUCCAACCAGCGCAAAACCAGGAAAAAGGACCAUUUUUGCCUCAGAUAUCCAAGAGCUACUUGAGGAUCAAGGAUGGGAGGAUGACAGUUAGGUUGCUGAUGAAAUACUUGGCUGAUAAGCUUGGACUAGAUGAUGAAACCCAGGUAGUGAUUACAUGUAGAGGCCAGCAGCUUCCUCCCACCCUGACGGUACAACAUGUUCGGGACCAAAUAUGGAGUUCAAGAGAAGCAAUGGGAUACCUUCCUGACUCGCCAAGCACUGAACAUAUCAUGACCCUUAGAUACAGCAGAAGUGGGUAAUUGCAUCCUUCAGGCAGAUCUCAUCACUCCAAUGGAGAUGUUUGAUCUCAAAUCUCUACUCUGGUCUUCUCCCUUUGCCUAACUUAUCUGAACUAAAGAGCUUGGAGAUACCAACCCCACGUUCAAACAAGGUACAAGGAAUUAUAAAGAAUUAUAAAAUUAAGUGUAUGGUGUGUAUUUCCGAGUCUGCACGGGCUUGAUUUUUCACUUUUUCUCGGUUUUCCCAUCUAAUUAACUAAUUCGAGAUCCAACUGUUAUUUUUUUCUUUUUUUCCCUUGCUCAGAAGUAUGACUUCUGUUGGCCAGCUUUAUUUUGCUAUCUUGUCUACGGUUUUACAUGAGCUUUAUACCAAUGUAGAAAAGAGAGAACAGAAGCAUGGCACGGCCAGCUUUAUUUUGCUAUGUUGUCUUACAUGAGCUUUAUACCAUUGUAGAAAAGAGAGAGAAAACAGAAGCAAAGCAUGGCAUGGCU